AUGUUGCCAAGGAUUUUAUUAGUUGUGUUUCUAUUAGUGAAUUUAUUUUAUGUCAGUGGACGGAGUAUACACAAAGGUACCAACCAUCAGUUUGAUGAGAAAAACAAGGAUCACUGGUCGGUUCAAGCGCAAUGGAUGUUACAUUCAAAGGUCACUGCCAUGCUCAAUGUUAGAAGAGCGAAGAACGUGAUUCUAUUUCUCGGAGAUGGCAUGAGCAUCACCACGCUAGCUGCCACCAGAGUGUAUCUUGGACAGCAGUACGGACACUUUGGGGAAGAACUCAAGCUGAGUUUUGAGGUGUUCCCGUUUACAGGAUUAGCUAAGACAUAUUGCGUAGAUCACAACGUAGCUGAUUCAGCUUGCAGUGGUACAGCUUACUUGACGGGAGUUAAGGCCAACAGUGGAACCGUUGGUCUAAGCGCUGGAGUUAAACGAGGAGACUGUAAGGCGCAAAAAGAAGGCUUAUAUUCUGUCACUGGACUGAUGGACUGGGCUCAAACAGCAGGAAAGAAAACAGGUGUGGUAACAACAACGCGAGUAACACAUGCGACUCCGGCGGCAUCGUACGCGCACUCCGCCGACAGAAGGUGGGAGGCUGAUACCGACCUUCCUCCUUUAAGCACACUGUGCGAAGAUAUAGCUAUGCAGCUAGUAAGAGGAGAGGUUGGCAGCAAAAUUGACAUUGUAUUAGGUGGUGGUCGAAGAAAUUUCUUUCCCAACUAUAAAACAGAUGUCGAAGGUAUUCAGGGCUACAGAAGUGAUGGAGUCGAUCUAAUCGAUGAAUGGAUCAACAACAAAGAAAAGACUGGCCAUAAACCAGUUUAUAUUCACGAUCGGCAGCAGUUGAUGAACAUCGAUGUAAAGAAAUAUGAUAGUAUGUUAGGACUAUUUUCUCCUGACCAUAUGCCGUAUCAUCUAGAAGCUGAAGAAGAUGACCCAAGUCUUAGUGAAAUGACACAGAAGGCGAUACAAAUGCUGUCAAGAAGCGAGAAUGGUUUCUUCCUGUUUAUUGAAGGUGGAAGAAUCGAUACAGCUCACCACGAGACCAAGGCUCGUAAGGCGUUAGAUGAAACUGUGGAAUUUGCUAAAGCAGUCGAAGCGGCGCUGCGGAUGGUAGAUACGGAAGAGACCUUGGUCGUUGUCACGUCUGACCACAGUCAUACUAUGACUUACAGCGGAUAUAGCAAGCGGGGUUCGGACAUAUUGGGACUUUCUAACAAGAUGAACGCAUCGGAUCACCUUCCCUUCACCACACUAAGCUACGCAAAUGGCCCAGGAUAUAAGGCUGAAAUCAACAAUAUGAGACACAAUCCGAUUUUGGAUGAUCUCAAUAACGUGGAUUAUACAUACCCAUCCCUCGUACCCACGGUCCGGGAAACUCACGGUGGAGAAGACGUGGCAGUCUUUGCCAAAGGACCAUGGUCCCAUCUGUUUACUGGGAACUAUGAGCAGAACUACCUACCACACGCCAUUGCAUAUGCUGCAUGCAUUGGACCCGGUCUUACGAGCUGCAAACUGUAA